CACGCGCGCAUGCACACAAACUCACUAGUCCAGUGGUCGAGUAAACGCAGCCUCCUUUACUCGACCGACGACGGCCGCCGGAGCAUGUAGUACUCUGCGGCUAUUUGGGCUCCAAACGCCUGCAACAGUAAGACGACACUCGCCUGGCGAAAGUGCCAUCGAGGUGGCGGGAGGAGGAAGCUCAGAUGGAAGACGGCUAGAGCAAAAUAUCCCCACCGUGGAGCCAUUUCUUCCUCUUCUUUUUAAUUUCUAUUAUUAAGCUGUUUUUUUUUUGUUUUGUUUUUUUUUGGAAGGUUGUUCCUCACUGCGCCGCCCCGGACUGUAGCUGUCAUCGGCGGCUUCAGGCCGUCGUCGUCGUCUACCAUGGCGAGCGGUGACUCGCAUUUGGUUGUUAUUGGUUAAAACUUCCAAUUCGGAUGCUAAAUGCCGCUGUCGAGCUGCUUUUUCGGGCUUUUUUAAUGUGUUCGCGUCGCCCUAAACAAUUGACGGGAGCUCCAGAAAGAGAGUGAAAAGAGGGAGAUUGUUUGUUCUCGUGGUUCCCCGGGCGUUAUGGCUGAUGAGUGGGGCUGGGGACGCCGGCCAAGGCUCUCCAAGGCUCCCCCAUGCUAGCCGAGGCGGAUGGCACGGUCCCCCAUGGCAGCGACAGCUCUAUGAGGACAAGCAAUAGCGACCCUGCGCCGCCCAAAGCCUCUGCCGCCGCCGCUGACUCCUCGAUCCUCAUCUCCAAAAUGCAAGACGUCGUCAUUCCCUUCUCGUCCGAGGUCCCCUGUGACAAUAAUGGGCAGCGCAUGUGGUGGGCGUUCCUCGCCUCCUCCAUGGUGACCUUCUUCGGGGGGCUCUUCAUCAUCCUGCUGUGGAGGACCCUCAAGUACCUGUGGACCGUGUGCUGCCACUGCAACGUUAAAAGCAAGGAGGCCCAGAAAGUGAACAACCCCGCCAACAAUCAGGCAGCGGACAGAGCGCUAAAGGGUCCUGAUGAGAAGACGGAGGAGGUCCCCGCCAGUGAGGUGGGAUGGAUGACUUCGGUCAAAGAUUGGGCCGGCGUCAUGAUCUCUGCCCAGACGCUCACUGGCAGAGUUCUGGUGGUGUUGGUAUUUGCACUCAGCAUCGGGGCCCUUGGAAUAUACUUUAUAGACUCCUCAGACCCUAUAGAAUCCUGCCAGAACUUCUACAAAGACUUCACGUUACAGAUCGACAUGGCCUUCAAUGUCUUCUUCCUCCUUUAUUUCGGUCUGCGGUUUAUAGCGGCCAACGACAAGCUGUGGUUCUGGCUGGAGGUCAACUCGGUGGUUGACUUUUUCACUGUUCCUCCCGUCUUCGUCUCCGUCUACCUGAACAGAAGCUGGCUCGGUUUAAGAUUCCUGAGAGCGCUAAGAUUGAUACAGUUCUCGGAGAUCUUACAGUUUUUGAAUAUCUUGAAAACAAGCAAUUCCAUCAAGCUGGUGAACCUAUGUUCCAUCUUCAUCAGCACAUGGCUCACCGCUGCAGGAUUCAUACAUUUGGUGGAAAACUCAGGGGAUCCUUGGGAAAACUUCCAAAACUUCCAGACACUCUCUUAUUGGGAAUGUGUCUACUUAUUGAUGGUGACCAUGUCCACAGUGGGCUACGGGGAUGUCUAUGCAAAAACCACCUUGGGGCGCCUGUUCAUGGUCUUCUUCAUCCUCGGUGGUUUGGCCAUGUUUGCCAGCUACGUCCCUGAAAUCAUAGAGUUAAUAGGAAACCGCAAGAAAUAUGGUGGUUCCUAUAGUGCGGUUAAUGGGAGAAAGCAUAUUGUGGUCUGUGGUCAUAUUACCCUCGAAAGUGUCUCCAACUUCCUCAAAGACUUCCUACACAAGGACAGGGAUGAUGUCAAUGUAGAAAUUGUUUUUCUCCAUAAUAUUUCCCCUAAUCUUGAGCUGGAAGCCUUGUUCAAACGCCAUUUUACACAAGUAGAGUUCUACCAGGGAUCUGUGCUCAAUCCUCACGACCUGGCUCGAGUCAAGAUUGAGUCAGCAGACGCCUGCCUCAUCCUGGCCAACAAAUACUGCGCCGAUCCUGAUGCUGAAGACGCCUCCAACAUCAUGAGGGUCAUCUCCAUCAAGAACUACCAUCCCAAAAUCAGGAUAAUAACACAGAUGCUUCAAUAUCACAAUAAGGCCCAUCUGCUGAACAUUCCGAGCUGGAACUGGAAGGAGGGCGAUGAUGCCAUCUGCCUGGCCGAGCUGAAAGCGGGCUUCAUCGCCCAGAGCUGCCUGGCCCAGGGCCUGUCCACCAUGCUGGCCAACCUCUUCUCCAUGAGGUCCUUCAUUGAGAUUGAGGAGGACACAUGGCAGAAAUAUUAUCUUGAGGGAGUGGCUAAUGAGAUGUACACCGAAUAUUUGUCCAGUGCCUUUGUGGGCCUCUCCUUCCCCACCGUGUGCGAGCUGUGUUACGUGAAGCUGAAGCUGUUGCUCAUUGCCAUCGAGUACAAGUCGGAGCAGAGAGAGAGCAGAAGCCGAAAGCGCAUCCUCAUCAACCCGGGCAACCAUGUCAAGAUGCAGGAAGGAACGCUGGGAUUUUUUAUCGCCAGCGACGCAAAGGAAGUGAAGAGAGCUUUUUUCUAUUGCAAAGCUUGUCACGAUGACAUCACCGACCCCAAGCGGAUCAAGAAGUGCGGCUGCAAACGACUGAUUUAUUCCAAGAUGUCCGUCUACAAGCGAAUGAAACUGGCAUGUUGUUUUGAUUGCGGCCGUUCAGAGCGAGACUGCUCUUGCAUGUCAGGCAGUGUACAUAGUAACAUGGACACCCUUCAGAGGGCCUACCCACUUUCCUCUGUGUCUGUUCAUGAUUGCGCAACCACGUUACGUGCCUCCAAAUAUAAGUAUAAUGGAUAUGUCAGAUCACCAGCAGAUGGCGCUACAACACCAGGGAACAGUGGAAGCCAAAAAGAGACUGGCGUUCGAUUCAAAGCUGAUUGCAAUUUAGUCGAAGACGAGCAUCCGUCAACGCUCUCGCCCAAAAAAAAGCAGCGCAACGGAGGGAUGCGGAACUCGCCCAACUGCUCUCCCAAAAUGAUGAGUCGACACGAUCCUCUUCUCAUACCUGGUAAUGAACAAAUCGAAAACAUGGACAUGAAUGUGAAGAGGUAUGACUCCACCGGAAUGUUUCACUGGUGCCCGUCAAAAGACAUCGAAAAAGUCAUUCUGACUCGGAGUGAAGCCUCCAUGACGGUACUGAGCGGCCAUGUGGUGGUCUGUAUAUUUGGGGAUGUCACGUCCGCUUUAGUGGGGCUGCGAAACUUGGUGAUGCCUUUAAGAGCCAGCAACUUCCAUUAUCAUGAACUCAAGCCCAUCGUUUUUGUGGGCUCACUGGACUAUCUGCGGCGAGAGUGGGAGACGCUACACAACUUCCCCAAGGUCUCCAUAUUGCCCGGUACACCAUUAAGUCGGGCAGAUUUAAGGGCUGUCAACAUCAACCUCUGCGACAUGUGCGUAAUACUGUCAGCCAAUCAGAACAAUAUCGAGGAUGCCUCGCUGCAGGAUAAAGAAUGCAUCUUGGCGUCACUCAACAUCAAGUCUAUGCAGUUUGAUGACAGCAUUGGGGUCUUGCAGGCUAAUUCCCAAGGUUUCACGCCUCCUGGAAUGGACAGGUCAUCUCCAGACAGCAGUCCAGUACAUGGCUUCGUGCGUCAGGCUUCCGUCACUACGGGAUCCAACAUCCCCAUCAUCACGGAAUUAGAUAAGCCGGGCAAACCGCUGCCAUCGCUUUCACUCAGUCAGGAAAAAAAAAGUGGGACCAACAUACAAAUGAUAACAGAGCUGGUGAACGACUCAAACGUUCAGUUCCUGGACCAAGACGACGAUGACGACCCAGACACGGAGCUGUACCUCACACAGCCUUUUGCCUGUGGCACCGCCUUCGCCGUCAGCGUUCUCGACUCCCUGAUGAGCGCCACGUACUUCAAUGACAACAUCCUCACACUGAUCAGGACGCUGGUCACCGGAGGAGCCACGCCGGAGUUGGAGGCCCUUUUGGCCGAGGAGAAUGCCCUGCGAGGAGGCUACAGCACGCCGCAGACGCUGGCCAACAGAGACAGGUGUCGCGUCGCCCAGCUCGCUCUCUACGAUGGGCCCUUCGCUGACUUGGGGGACGGCGGCUGCUAUGGGGAUUUGUUCUGCAAAGCGCUGAAGACAUACAACAUGCUGUGUUUUGGCAUCUACAGAUUGAGAGAUGCCCAUCUCAGUUCACCAAGCCAGUGUACAAAACGAUACGUGAUCACCAACCCACCGUACGAGUUCGAGCUGGUGCCCACAGACUUGAUCUUCUGCCUCAUGCAGUUCGACCACAACGCGGGCCAGUCUCGGACCAGCUUGUCCCACUCGUCCCACUCCUCUCAUUCCUCCAGCAAGAAGAGCUCGUCCGUCCACUCGGUCCCAGCCUCCAACCGGCAAAACCGCAGCAGUAAAACCCGGGAAGCCCGAGAAAAACAGAAUGCAACAAGGAUGAAUAGAAUGGGCCCAGAAAAGAAAUGGUUUACAGAUGAACCGGACAACACCUACACGCGGAACAUUCAGAUCAAGCCCAUGAGCACUCACAUGGCCAACCAAGUCAACCAAUACAAAUCCACCAGUAGUCUGAUUCCACCCAUCCGAGAAGUCGAAGACGAAUGCUGAACCGCUUUUCACGUUUCCGCUCGCGCACUCAACAAGACGCCUUGGAGGCGUGAUAAUGAGGAGGACGAGAGGACGUUCUUCGGUCUUCUUAAAAGGAGAACUGGACAGGAACCCAAACUGGACCUGCUAUGUGUAUACCUUUAAUGUUACUUCCAUGCUCUUUGGACAUUGUUUUAUUUAUUAAUGUAUCAAUAGAGAUGUACAUAAUGACAAUCAAAUAACGCAUUGUACAGCCCCCCCACCCCCACCCUUUUCCCCCCUAGCACUUUGUUGGAAUUAUUCUUUGACGAUUUGACGAGAGAGAGAGAGACAGACAGAGAGAAAAAAAAGCACUUCCUGUAAUGCUUUGCAAUAGUUGACAAAGGGUGACAGCUUCUUGGAGGAACGAGGCUCGUAUCAUCGCCCCAAAGAACCCAUCAGACGCCACUCUUCCAGCCAGCCGGGCUCACCGUUCUCCAUCUUGUGUACUUCUGUUCUAUUUGCACUAAAAACAAAAACAAAAAAAAAGAACAAAGAGCGGGUGGUGGGGGGGGGGGCAACCAAGAAGAUCGUGAAGGAACUCUGCCCUCGGAGAAGAGACUAUGAAGGAGUUAAAAGGGGGAGCCUAUCAUGCAAAUCAUUUCAUCCGGAGGGUCUCCUGAAUGAAGAAACAGCCAAGCAGCCUCGGAAGGUUGACGCGAAAAACGUUGCAUCUGAACCAAAACCCAACCAUGUUUGAGCAAAACGCAGCAGCAGCUUUUGGGAUCACAAAGAAAAAAGCGCACGUUGAAAAAAGAAAAAAAAAAAGGGAAUGCCACGUAUCGCGUAAAAGUGGGCGCCAAACGGGGUCCUCCUCUGACCGCUAGAAACUGCCUGGCACGGGUUUGGCAUGGAGGCGCUUGGAUGUUCUCCUCCGCCAAUCCCAGAUAUCGAUCGCCUCAAAUCAAUACAAAAAAAAAAAUAAGACGUUGAAACUCUCAGGAGUGAUGCUGCUCUGCGCUUGCGCUGCUCAAGGAAAGGCUCAAAACCUGGUUGGGCGGAGAUGCAACGGUUGGAGGCUUGCGGUUUUCCUUUGGUGUUGGACUCCCAAAACAUGUCUUUUUGCCAAAAUCGAGGCAAAAAAAAAAAAAAAAAGCGUAUCUAUCAGUUACGUUUCUGCCCCCCGACAUCUAUGCUUUUAUCGAAAGAGUAUUUUUUUAACUCGCUAACCGCCAUCUUCAGCCUGGCAGCUCGCCUCUGCAGAAGUCACCGCAAACCGAAGCUCACCUGGACAAAUCAGCUCAAAGGAGCAUCCUUAGCUACAAAACACGCGGACCGAACGAAAUGGUUUCAAGAGUGAUAUCAAUUAAAAAAAAAAUAUCAAUCUAGAAGAGUUGUAACAAUACCACGAAUAGAUGAUAGAGUCGCUUCCUCCGACUGAAUGAUCGUAUGCGUUUGACCUAAAUUAGGUCCCGAGUGCGG